UUACCCACUAAGCAAAUAUUCCACUCGAUAAAAUCAUCCUCUCCUGUAAUCACCCUAAAAUAAAUUCCAUUUUUUCAGGUCAUAGAAACAACUUUCUCAGCUGUUGCUCUCUAGAGAAUCACUUUCUCUCUCUGUCUCUCUCUCUCUAGGAGCUUGGGUGGGCAUUUUCUCUUACAAAGGGAUUUAUUGUUUGGAAGAAAAGAGUGGUUUGUUUUGUGAUGGAUAGUGAGAAGAAAGGGUCUGAUCAGAACAGAGGUGGGUCUUCUUCACAGGUAGAGGGAGAGAAAUGGGGAACCCAUGUUAUGGGUGCACCAGCGGCACCCUCUGCGCACCCACUUAACCAGGAGGCGGCCAAGUGGGCUCGAGCGGACUAUGAGCCGCAGGUUAAGCAGCCUGAGCAGUCCCCCUACGUGCAACAUACGCCUGUACAGCAUCACGGAAGUCCUAUAGAAGCCGCCCGUGUUAAGUUCAAUAAGUGGAGUAAGAAGGCUGAGACCACGGCUGCCAAUAUUUGGCAAAACCUUAAAACUGGACCCUCAGUUUCAGAGGUAGCAUGGGGGAAGUUGAGCCUAACGGCCAAGGCAAUUUCAGAAGGUGGGUUUGAGGCAAUGUAUAAGCAAACCUUUCCAACUGACCCAUCAGAGAAGUUGAAGAAGACGUUUGCUUGUUAUCUCUCUACAACCACUGGUCCUGUUGCUGGAACACUCUAUCUCUCCAAUGUUAAUGUCGCAUUUUGCAGCGAUCGCCCCCUCGCUUUUACGGCUCCUUCUGGUCAGCAAUCUUGGAGCUACUACAAGGUUUUAAUCCCUCUGGCGAAGAUUAAGGCGGUUGACUCAGUGACCAUGAAGGAGAAGGAGAAGUAUGUGCAGAUUGUGACAGUGGAUGGGCAUGAGUUUUGGUUUAUGGGGUUUGUGAACCAUGAGAAGGCCUUCAAGCAUUUAUUCGACUCUGUUUCCACGGUUGCUGCUAUGUCACACCAACCACCACCCUCUGGACCUCAAAACAACCCGCCACCAUCCUCUGGACCUCAAAACAAUCUCUAUCCCACUGUUGAUGCAUAACUUUAACUCUCUCUCUAGAUUUUGUGGACAUAUGCCUCACCUUUUGUUUUUUCUUUGUUGUAUUUAUAAAGUCAUGUGAGAUGCCUUAUGAGUUGAGAUCAUUUUCAGUUUAAUGCAAUUCCUUAGAGAUAGGAUCCUUUCUUUCUCCCUUCCAAAUUAUGUGGAUGUGUAUUACUUCUGUUAUCUCCUUUGUUGGUAGUGUAAUAUGAAGAGUUGCAGAGUUGAUCAUGA